CGACGACUGCAACAAAUCUGAAUUGUUUGAUUGGUUAGUUAUACCCACGUGGUGUCUGCAGUUGACGUCUCCAUGUUUAUUUGACAACCUUUGGGUUAGGGGUUUACAGUAAAUUAAUUGUUCCCAUUUGUGAUCUUGGUCAAUUAUUCCAAGAUUAAGGAAUUGAGUGUGAACAAUCAUGGUGUAUAAUUAUACUAAACCGAGGGGGCCAAUUGCUGCCAUGUACAGCAGCCCCGGCCCAUGUUACGCCCUUCCUGGACUUGUAGGACAGAAAACUCAUGACCCAAGAAGUGAACAUAACAAAGGACCAGCUUAUCCAUUCGGUGUUCGUCAUGGUAAAUUUAAGGAUGACUGCAGUCCCGGCCCGUGCUACUAUCCUUCUCCAAAAUAUUCAAGAGUUGGGCCAGAUGGUACCCCACACUACUCCCUGUAUGAUCGUAUAGUAGAUAAGGUACCAUACAAAGCGCCCGGACCAGGUGCUUAUAAACCAGAAGCAGCAGGACAGUCAUCCCAUUUUAAGCAUCCAGAAUAUUCUUUCGGAAUGAGACAUAGAAACAGACGUACUGACAAUACACCAGCUGCCAAUAGUUACACUUUACCAAAUAUGAUUGGUAGAACCGCACAGAGCAGCAAACAGCAGGCCCCAUGCUACUCAUUAACUGGCCGUUCUAAAGUAGGAGCAUUUAGUGAGGAUUUGGCCAAGACUCCAGGUCCAGGCACCUACAACACAACGGAACCACAGAUUUACAAGGACAAGUCACCUCACUACAGUAUGACCAGUCGUAACCCAAUGCCGGGCGACACAACCCAGAAACCAGGUCCAGGAGCCCACUCACCAGAAAACGUUUAUAUACAUAAGAGAAAAGCGCCCAACUUCAGUUUUGGUAUCAGGCAUUCACAGUAUACGGCACCACUUAUUGUGGGAGCAGAUUAAAUGGAUAAAUUUGUAACGUAUAUUUGCAUAAACGACAAGCUCCUCAGCCCAGCUUUGGCAUCCGUCACACCCAGUAUAUGGCUCCUUUAAUCGUUGAAGUUAGAGAUUAAAUGUAUUCAGAUUUAGAAUCAACUGACAUUUUUUCAAAAGCCUUUGUGAACACUGGUUAUUUAUUACAACAGAAAAAAGUGAUUUUUCAUUCUUUUCAGAACAUAUGUAUUAGUUUAUAUAUUUUAUGAUAACAUUUUGUAUAGUCAUGGAGUGAUAACCAUUACUUUUGCUAUAAUGCUUGCAUUUUCUAAUAAAUGAUAAAACGUUAGAAUGCUUGGUGUUAAUAUGUGGCAUAGUUUUUAUAUGAAGUACUGUCAGUGUUGCAAUUUUUUAUGACUUUUAUAUCAACUGAAAUUUAAAAAGGAAAAUAAAAAAAUGUAAGUUUUCAGAUUGUCUCGCCGCUUGUUAAAUAUUAUGUAAAUUUCCCAAUACUUUCGGUAUAUCAAUUGGAAAGAAAUUGCUAUGAAAAAUUGCAGCACCUGGUAAUGUGCUAAUGGUUGCUUGUUUAUGCUUUUUUUUUUUCUGAGGGAUUUGAGACCUAGAAUCAUGUGUUAUAAAAGAAAUUUCACCAGUAGUUUGGUUUUUUCUUUAUAAGUCUGAUAACUAAAUGUUCUCGUGCGUGACUUACCUGUGAUAUCUUGUUUGACGACAAGUAAUCCGCUUGCAGUCCAUGACAUAAAUGUGGACAAAGAAAAGUAACUUCCCACAUAGAAGUAUUAUUUAUGAAAGGGUAUUUGAAUGUGUCUGGAAGAUUGAGAGUAUUUUUAUACUGUUGUAAUAUACUUUUCAUUUUUCAGUAUAUUUUAUGAUACAUAUGUAUUGUCUCACUAAAUUGUGCUCCUUAUUUAAAAUACUGGCACAUUUCAUGUGAAAAAAAAAACUUCUGUUAAGCAGGGAUUUUAAACAGCAUUACACACACAUUAAGUAUUUCCAAAGUAUUACACAUUUUUAUGUUUUGUUUCCAAGACUGUACAUACUAGCAUGUCAAAGAAUAGUAUUACAACUUUUCUGUAUUUCAUAAUGAAGGCAGUUUUGGUACAAAAUAAUUUUAAGUGACUAUAGAAGUAGGUACAUUCUAGGUAUUUUUGUACACAUUUGGAUUAGUAAUAACCUUCUUUUUGAGUAUAUACACAUUUUACCAAGUUGUUUUUCUUUUUUAUUAUACAUAUAAUAUACAUGCUAUCUGUUAUAUAUUGUUAUAAUUCAUAAUUUCCGUCCAAGUAUACAUUGUUGUCAAAUAUUUUAAUUAUCACUUGUAUACUAAAAGUUUGAUACUGAAACGGUGUCAGACUUGAGGUGUAUAAAGUGAUAAAAUCACAGUAUUUUUGAUAAUGUUUCACGAAAGCUAAUCAGUAUUUGUUCUAUUUUGAAUGUAGUAUUAUCUAUCCAUACAAUCCUGUCUAGUUUCUUUUAUUUUCUUGCUCAAAUCUGUGAUAAAUGUUGACUUGUUAGAUGAUAAAUUUUUUCAUUUUUGCAUCAUGCAAAAGUUUUCUUGGAAGCAUAAUAUUUUCUAUAAUCUUAGUCUUUUGUCUUUGGUUUCAAGGAAAAAUUUCUGUUUUCGAAACUUUAAGUAGAAAUUUUCCAUUAACCUUCCAAAGCAUGUCCAUACAUUCUAUAUAUAAUCAUAAAAUCAUUUUUAUCUCAAAAAAGUUUGGUUACAUUUUUUCUAUAUAUACAAGGUGCAAAUUACGUUUUUGGUCAGUGAAAGAAAUCCCAUAGAACAAACUAAAUGUUGAAAAAUAUAUUUUAUAGUUUUAGCUGAACUUAUGGUUUAACAUGUGAUCAUCAUACAUGUAUAUGUAGUGAGUCUAACAAUAAAGUGUCUGAUGUUAUAUAUAA